AUGGUUACUUCAACUCCUUAUUAUGCACAGGCUAAUGGGCAAGUAGAGGCAGCAAAUAAGAUAUUGAUAGGCUUGAUUAAAAAGCAUAUCUGGAAUAAGCCUCGAACAUGGCACGAGACUUUAAGUCAAGUAUUAUGGGCUUAUCCAAAUUCACCAAGAGGUUCAACAAGAACCUCACCUUAUAAAUUGGUGUAUGUCCAUGAUGCAGUAUUACCCUUGGAAAUUAAUUUGAAUACUUUAAGAGUAUCGAAACAGAAUGAGUUUCCAGUCGAUGAUUAUUGGAAUGCAAUGUUUGAUGAGUUAAACGAGUUAGAUUCAGAGCAAAUAUUAGCACUUGAUAAUGUAAUUCGACAAAAAGAAAGUGUUGCUCGAAGUUAUAAUCGUCAAAUUAAGGAAAAGUCUUUCAGGAUAGGCGAGUUAGUUUUAAAAGUCAUUUUACCAAUGGAAAAGAAAUCAAGAUUUCUAGGUAAAUGUCCCAUAGUUGGGAAGGUCCUUUUCAAGUAA